CGUCGGGCGGCUUCUUUUUCUUCCUUAAAGGCAAAUUCUCGCUCAAUUAUAAGCUAGGGUUUAAGACCUCAACUGCUCAAACUUUUCGACAAAGGGGAAAAACGCCGUCGAGUUUUCAACAGCCAUGGCGAGCACCAAAGUCCAGAGAAUCAUGACGCAACCUAUCAACCUGAUCUUCAGGUUUCUCCAAAGUAAAGCUCGGAUUCAAAUUUGGCUUUUUGAGCAGAAAGAUUUGAGGAUUGAAGGCCGAAUCAUUGGCUUUGAUGAGUACAUGAAUUUGGUUCUUGAUGAUGCUGAAGAAGUUAAUAUCAAGAAAAAGAGCAGAAAGUCAUUAGGAAGGAUUCUUCUUAAAGGUGACAAUAUAACUCUUAUGAUGAAUAGUGGAAAGUGAUGAUCAUCCCGGCAGAUAUGUGGACUAUCGAUAUAAGUCUUCUCAAUUUCGUGUAGAUCAAGCCACUGGCUAUUGCUAUCUUUAAAACAUACCUUCACCUUUCAUGUAUUAUGAGUCACCUUAAAGAAGCUGCUUCUUGUAUUUCAGACAGUUACUGGUGCUUGCUUAGUUUAUUCCAUUGAAUUGACAUGGAUGAUUCUGCCCUUUGAUCUGCAUUAAUGUUAAGAUUUCUGAUUAAGUCAGCUUCAAAAAAUCUUUAUUGACCAUUUGUGGCCCGCAUUUUUCAUGUUAUU